CAUGCUUAUCUUUCUUUCACUUUUAUUCUAACCUAAAAAUCAGACUAAAUAUCUAUCACAUCCUGCACCGUGGAACCUGAAAAGCGUCGAAAGAAUUCCACCAUGGCAGAGGCUAUGAGGCAAACUAUCGUCGAAAUGUUAAAGGGGAUUGAGAGGUACAAUCCCGACAAUCUUUCCACCCUCGAGAAAUACGUUGAAAUUCAGUCGAGGGAAAACGCUUAUGAUCUCGAGGCAAAUCUCGCUGUCUUGAAGUUGUAUCAGUUGAAUCCGCAACGCUUUAGUCAAGAUAUAACUUGCCAGAUAUUGCUGAAGGCUUUGACUAAUUUUCCUCACACAGACUUCGUUCUUUGUAAAUGUCUGCUGACUGAAAAAAUCAUGCAAGAAGAACCAAUCAACCAGAUCAUGUAUUUGGGAGAUAUUUUGGAACAGUGUGAUUUCCAACAUUUUUGGGACAGAGUUUUGUCUAUGCCAGAACUGUGCAAUAGAAUAGUUGGGUUUCAGGACUCCGUUCGCAAGUUUGUCUGCCAUGUUGUAGGAAUUACUUUCCAAACUAUCGACAAAGGUCUACUCGCCCAGCUACUCGGUGGAGUCGACGAUUCCACCUUGAAACACUGGGUCAAGAAAUACGGAUGGAAAGAAGAGUCUAAGAAUGUGAUUUUCAUUGCAAAUCAAGAUGAAAACAUCAAGACUAAAAAUAUCACAGAAAAAAUCGACUUUGAAAAUGUUGCUGGACUCAUGGCCGCAUGUCUGUAAGAGACAUGUGGAUUGUUUGUAAUAAAUUUGAUAUCAAAUAAAA